GCUCAAGUGGUAUAGCACCUGCCUAGCAAGCUUGAAGACCUGAGUUUGAAUCCCAGUACAUGAUUUUUUUUAUGUCUCUUCUUUCCCAGCGUGGUACCAUGAGACGACGCUAUGAAGAUGAUGGCAUUUCAGAUGAUGAAAUUGAAGGCAAAAGAACUUUUGACUUGGAAGAGAAACUCCAUACCAACAAAUACAAUGCUAAUUUUGUUACUUUUAUGGAGGGAAAAGAUUUUAAUGUUGAGUAUAUCCAGCGGGGUGGCUUGAGAGAUCCUCUGAUUUUCAAGAAUUCUGAUGGACUUGGAAUAAAAAUGCCGGAUCCAGACUUCACUGUGAAUGAUGUCAAAAUGUGUGUGGGGAGUCGUCGGAUGGUGGAUGUUAUGGAUGUGAACACACAGAAAGGCAUCGAAAUGACCAUGGCUCAGUGGACACGCUACUAUGAGACCCCAGAGGAGGAGCGAGAGAAACUCUAUAAUGUCAUCAGCCUAGAGUUUAGCCAUACCAGGCUGGAGAACAUGGUGCAGAGGCCUUCCACGGUGGAUUUCAUUGACUGGGUAGACAACAUGUGGCCAAGGCAUUUGAAGGAAAGCCAGACUGAAUCAACAAAUGCCAUCUUGGAGAUGCAGUACCCUAAAGUGCAGAAGUACUGUCUAAUGAGUGUUCGAGGCUGCUAUACUGACUUCCAUGUGGACUUUGGUGGUACCUCUGUUUGGUAUCACAUCCACCAAGGUGGAAAGGUCUUCUGGCUCAUCCCCCCUACAGCCCACAACCUGGAGCUGUACGAGAAUUGGCUGCUGUCAGGGAAACAGGGAGACAUCUUUCUGGGUGACCGUGUGUCAGAUUGCCAACGCAUUGAGCUCAAGCAGGGCUAUACCUUCGUCAUUCCUUCAGGCUGGAUUCACGCUGUGUAUACUCCUACAGACACGUUAGUAUUUGGAGGCAAUUUUUUGCAUAGUUUCAAUAUCCCCAUGCAAUUAAAGAUAUACAACAUUGAAGAUCGGACACGGGUUCCAAAUAAAUUCCGCUAUCCAUUCUACUAUGAGAUGUGUUGGUACGUGUUAGAGCGCUAUGUGUACUGUAUAACCAGCCGCUCCCACCUAACUAAGGAAUUUCAGAAAGAAUCCCUCAGCAUGGAUUUGGAGUUAAAUGGAUUGGAGUCUGGAAAUGGGGAUGAGGAAGGAGUAGACCGAGAACCCCGACGCUUGAGCAGUAGGCGCUCUGUCCUCACUAGCCCUGUAGCUAAUGGGGUCAACCUGGAUUAUGAUGGACUGGGCAAAGCCUGCCGAAGUCUUCCAAGUCUGAAGAAAACUUUGUCUGGAGACUCAUCCUCUGACUCUAGCCGGGGCUCCCACAAUGGCCAAGUGUGGGAUCCCCAGUGUAGCCCCCGAAAGGACAGACAAGUGCAUCUGACCCAAUUUGAGCUUGAAGGCCUUCGCUGCCUUGUAGAUAAGUUGGAGUCUCUGCCACUGCACAAAAAGUGUGUCCCCACAGGGAUAGAAGACGAAGAUGCUCUCAUUGCUGAUGUAAAGGUAAGCAACUAUUGACCUGAAUUUGGAAGAGAAGGGCACAUAGACAUGGGAUAGUCUCUGGUUCAGCCACAGAAAAGUUAAUAUGUGC